AUGACGAGUGUAAACGACUGCUGGACAGAUCACCAAUUAAUACCUUACAUGAUGGCUAUUGAUAUUAUAUCUCAACUCAGGUUUCAAGGAAGGAAACCAAGGUGCAGAAUGAACACUCAAGCCCUUCAAGAUCCCAUAAAGCAGAAUUGCUUCCAAGUGACUCUUAAGGACCACCUGCUUUUAGCAUUCCCUGAUAACAUCGAGGAACACUGGACCAAGCUAGAAACAUCCAUUAUUGCAGCCUGCGAACAAACUACUGGAUACCAAACCAAGAAGCACCAGGACUGGUUUGAUGAGAAUGACAGUGAGAUUGAAGGCAUUAUCGACAAGAAAAGGAAGGCCUUUCAGAUCUGGCAGAGAUAG